AUGUCCGACGUUAUGGCAGCAUAUUCUGGCAAAGAGCGCUCGAAUCUAAACACAUUACCUUCCGAGAUCCUGGAGAAGAUUCUACUGUACAGCCAAAAUCUAUCUCUUCCCCACGCCAGCCCAGUCCUUGGGGCCAAGCUCUCGGAGAGAGCCACCCUGAUUCGGCUUCUCAUAUGGGCAUUUCACGAGACAUGGGAUCAAUGGUUUGGCGUACCGACGAGCACAACCUUGCUCCAUGGACCUCCGGUGAUGGGUAAGCCGCAGACGAAAUGUCACGGCGACCAUGUUCUACAGACUGCCGUGCUCAAGCAGCCAUGGGCGAAGAUCGACUACCUCCUCCAAGCACAACAGACCUGGGCUGAUAACAACGCGCACGGUCGGUGGUUCCAGCACUCAAUACCGUGGAACGACGAACCAGAUGAGCUCGGGCACUCCCACCACGGCGGGCCGUCACACUACAACGCACACCAAUGUUUCGACGUCGACUACAAUCAGGCAAGAAACUGGUCACCCUUCCGCGUCGAGUCAAUGGCGUGGGGUACGCAAGACAUACAUCCUAAGACACGUAUUCCCGAAGAUCUCAUCACCGGCCCGUGGGACGAGGAACAAACAAAGCGUCUCUUCUGGCUCGCGCGAGGUGGCAUGCUCAUUGCUAGCCAGGACUUUGACAUGCCGCCCUGGGAGAUGAAGAUUGAACUCUUGCGCAACGCCGUCCUCAACUGCACAAAACCCAACAUGAUUGUCAUCAACUGUCUCAUCGGCGCCUGGGUGUUUCAGGAUCUGCCGGGCGAGGUCGUGCGCAAGGAGCUCAACGAUCUCGAUCGUCGUAUCAAAUGGGGCGAUGAUACUGAUCUCAUGAGAACCAUCUUGCAGCGGACACGCAACGUUAUGAGCACGUUUCAAGACUAUCGCCAGAUGCGCCGCAGCUCUGUAUGA